AUGGCCCCUAGUUGGGUCAUGACAGUGUUAGCUCGUUGUGAAGAAACGAACUUAGUACUUAACUGGGAAAAAUGUCAUUUCAUGGUUCGAGAAGGCAUUUUUCUUGGGCAUAAGAUAUCAAGCAAGGGAAUAGAAGUUGACAAUGCAAAAAUUAAAGCGAUUGAGAAAUUGCCACCACCCAUUUCAGUUCGGGGAGUGCGCAGUUUUCUUGGGCAUGCAAGUUUUUAUCGACAGUUCAUUAAGGAUUUCUCUAAAGUUGCUAAUCCGAUGUGCAAGCUGUUAGAGAAAGAUGUGAAGUUUGUGUUUAAUGAAGCCUGUUUGAUGGCUUUUGAUGAAUUGAAAAAGAGAGAAAAUCAAGUGCCAUACCACUUAUCGAGAUUGGAAGAUCGGGAACAUGUAGAUGAAGCAGUGGUGAUUAAGGAGACUUUUCCUGAUGAACAACUUUUUGCUCUUCGGUCAGCUGAGGUGCCAUGCUGCCAUAGAACUGGAAAUAUCUCCAAGCGUCAUGAAAGGCCUUUAAAAGACAUCUUGGAGAUUGAACUAUUUGACGUGUGGGGUAUCGACUUCAUGGGCCCCUUCAUACCGUCCAAGGGGAAUAAGUACAUAUUGGUUAUUAUAGACUAUAUCUCGAAGUGGGUGGAAGCCAUUGUACUUCCCACCAAUAAUGCUAGUGUGGUAGCAGUAUUUCUGAAGAAGAAUAUAUUGAUGAGAAUUGGAACCCCGAGAGCCAUCAUCAACGAUCAAGGUGCGCACUUUUGGAACCAACUAUUUGAUAAAUUGUUGCUCAAGUAUGGGGUGAAACACAAGAUAGCGACUGCUUAUCAUCCUCAGAUGAGUGGUCAAGUGGAGGUAUCAAAUCGAGAAAUUAUAAGGAUUUUGGAUAAGACUGUGAGCAUGAGUAGGAAAGAUUGGUCGCUGAAGCUCGAUAAUGCCCUGUGGGUAUACAAAACAACCUACAAAACUCCUAGGCACAUCCCCUUAUAA